AUGGCAUUGAACGGCAUACGAGUGGUGGAACUGGCGGGCUUGGCGCCGGCGCCAUUUUGCGGGAUGAUCCUGGCUGACUUUGGCGCAAAGGUGAUCCGUGUAGACCGCACCAAGGCCGGAGUCUCUAUGGACACGCAGGCCCGUGGCAAACGCUCAGUGGCAAUCAACCUAAAGACUUCUGAGGGCGUCGCCGUACUUCGGAACCUCUGCGUCCAUUCGGAUGUCGUCCUGGAGCCCUACCGCAAAGGUGUGAUGGAAAAAUUCGGUCUUGGUCCUGAGGAGCUGUUAAAGGAAAAUCCUGGUCUAGUGUACGCACGCCUGACAGGAUACGGACAAAGCGGAAUGUACUCCACGGCAGCCGGACAUGACAUCAACUACCUGGCUAUGUCAGGGCUUUUAUCCCGUCUGGGUCGCAGCGGAGAGAAGCCAUACGCGCCGCUGAAUCUCUUAGCAGACUUUGCGGGCGGCGGGCUCACCUGCGCCCUUGGUAUUGUGCUGGCGUUGCUGGAGCGGACAAAAUCUGGGAAGGGACAGAUCAUCGACACUAGCAUGGUGGAAGGAGCUGCCUAUGUGGGCUCGUUUGUGUGGAAAUCUCGCAGCAUCGGCUUAUGGGAUCGUCCACGUGGGGAGAACAUGUUGGACAGUGGGGCUCCUUUCUACAACACGUACCGGACAGCCGACGACAGACACGUGGCCGUGGGCGCCAUUGAGCCGCAAUUCUACAAGCAACUGUUGAGAGGUUUAGAAUUGGAUGAGAACCAGUUACCACCUCAGAUGAGCUUUUCAGACUGGCCAGAACUCCGGCGGCUCUUCUCUGAACGCUUUGCUUCAAAGACACAGGCGGACUGGUCUCAGAUUUUCGACGGGACGGACGCCUGCGUGACGCCUGUGUUGUCAUUCGACCAAGUGAGUUCCCAUCCGCACAACAACGAGAGGGCAUCUUUCGUGAAGGACUCCAAUGGGGAGGAAAGCCCACGGCCUGCUCCACUCCUCUCCCGGACCCCCGCAGAGGCUUGCGUUGACCCUGGUCCGCUUAUCGGAGAACACACUGUGGAGAUCCUGAAAGAGUAUGGGUACAAAUCUUCAGAAAUUGAAAAGAUGCUCACUGCGGGUGUUGUGGAGUGUAACACCACAAAGGCAAAACUGUAA